ACAUGGAAUAACUUAUAUUUGUUGUUAUUACGUACUUAUUGUAGGUCUCUGUUUUGUUUCCACACACUGAAUUACUUUUCAUCUUUAUUUUUCAUUCAGAUUAUUGGCAUCAUUGAUCAACCUGUCUUAAGAGAAAGAUGGGUUGGGAUUGAUGGGAGAACAACAACAAUGAAUGGACGGGAAGUUUCAACACGUGAUUGUAACAAACUUUCACAAGCUUACUUGUAUACAACAAGUCCACAUCUCUUUAGCGGCGAUGCUGAAAAAGCUUUCUGUCGUGUAAGAGAUAAGGUCAAAGUUCCACUGUAUGGUUGCGAUUGUUAUGCUUAUGCUCUUCUGGCUUCUGGAUAUGUUGAUCUUGUAAUUGAGUCUGGGCUAAAGCCCUAUGACUUUCUCUCGUUGGUACCUGUAAUAGAAGGUGCUGGGGGAUCAAUAACUGAUUGGAAAGGACAUAUGCUUUACUGGAAGGUCUCCCCCGAGUCAUGUCCAACAAGUUUUAACGUUGUAGCAGCAGGGGACCCUAAGGUCCACAGACAGGCUUUGGAAGAGCUACACUGGCAGUAAGGCUCAUGGCUGCUAAAUCUGAAGAAUUGUUUAUUGGCUUAGGACAUACUUAAGUCAUUUGAAAGGUAUUUAGGAUAAAGGGCAAUCGGGAUCAGUAUGGAGAUCGCAUUUGUUACUUGCUAUGCUUAUGGUAACAAAUUCUUUUAACUCUGUUUGCUACAUCCGACUGUGUUACAGCUUAUGCAAAUAAAGUGGAAGCAAUUUUUGAGGGAGCCGUAGUAACAUACGGUCAACUAA